AUGGCCUUACCAAAUAACAAUGAUGACCUUUUUAAAGCUCCUCUGCCUACAACACCUUCUCAUCGUCAAAAUAUUUCCUUAAGGAAAUCUAGUAGACGCUCUACAUUCCUUGUUGCACCAGAAGAUCUUUCUGAACCACCUACAGAAAAUCCGAAUAACUCUGAUCUUUACAAUGAGCAACUAAAGCAAGAAUACGAAACCUUAAGGUCACUCAACGACACCCUUCAAACAGUAAUACAGGGUGUGAAUGAUACAUAUACAAAAAUACAAGACUUUGGAGAGUCAGUGAAACAAGCAAGCCAUCUAUUAGAUGUUUGGAUUAAUAUACAAAAAAGAGCGCAAGAUACACAUCAUGUCUUGGAAGACAUGGGCAAUGAAAAAUCAGUGAGUCUUUUUGAUCUAUAA